GCUUGAAUACUUCCUGCUGCUUCAAAAUACCCGUUCCGUUGCCCGGAAACGGCUGUAAACACAAACAUUUUUUUCUUCCAAAAUAGCAGCAGUGGUGAAAAUUCUUUUGUUCUUUUUUGUACAAAAUUCCGGAAUCUACACGGAAAAAUGCCAAAACUGAACACCACAUUGUGAGAUUUCCAUUAUUAUGUCCGGCCACGGACGGUCCGUGUUUGCGAAUUCCUGCAUUAAGAAGCCUUUAAGCCCAAGAAGUAAGCAUCCGAACCCGUCCUAUCUGAUACCGCAGUGCAGUCUGGACCGAGGUCCGGACGACCCGCAGGCUCAAGAUAAUUUGAACAUGAUUACCCGAAAAAAGGCCAACAGCAAGUGCCCAUUGGCCAGGACAGGCCAUCAACGUCGCACUAAAUGUUGCUCAAUUACGCACCAACUUAGAAAAGAAACCGAUAACUUCCAAUCGUUGGUUAAGUUCUACGACAGCAUUCCGGAUUACGAUGACAUGCAUCAUCUACCGAACGACGAAUUUUACUGUAAGCUAAAUACACUUCGUAAGAAGCAGCAAGAGUUAAGAUUCGCGUGUUCCAAUGGCUAUGAGAGCAGAUGUAACAAGAAAGAGUUGAAACCACCAGUCGUACUAGUAGAGCCCACCGCAGAUAAUGAUUCACUCCACUCGUGGAGUAAAUCCCCUCCUACGACAACUGGAAUUCUCAACGGAACGCGUAAAGGAUCCGCCAAAUCUGUUCGUAUCGAAACCACCAAAGAAGACGGCGAAUCAGAGGGUAGAUCAUCGCGUAGAAAAUUUCGAGCUGGUACACCCUUUGUUUCUGACCACGAGGACAGUACCAAGAACGCAUCAACUUGUACCACGCCCAUAAAUUCAGACUUUGUCGAACGCUACGAUCGUUACGUCAAACGAAACCUCCGCUGUAAAUCAGCUUCUCCUAUUCGAGACUAUUCGAAGAUUACCGUUCCACAGCCUUACAAAAUGACACAAAGAGAAGAGGAAGAGCGAACAUUACAAGAACUGCUUAUCGCCAGCAAGAAUGCAUUUUCUUCCAAAGAGACUCUCAACAAACCCAUCCCUAGCACCAUCAAAGCCAAUCCUGUCCCGAUUACCUCGCGCAUUCCUCUGUUCGACACCAUCAUGGCCGACCAGGAGUACCGGAACCAGCUGGCCAAACUCAACUCGGAGAUCGAGCUCCAGUCGCAGAUAAAACCAUUCCACUUUAGCGAACGUCUCAACCGCCCAAAUAACCGUUGUCUAAGCCGUAGUCUUUCAUCGCCAGCGCUGCUGACAACUGGUUUGGAAACCGAUCACAAACCAACUACUUUCAAAGCGAAGCCAUGCCCGAAGAACCUGUUCAGCAAUUACUUCUACUUUAAGAUGUGGGAGGACGAAUACUUCCGCAACAUGACAAAACGGAUUCGAGCGGAGGAGCUAAUGAAACAGUCUCAUCUUCCACCUGCAAUGGCCCGCAGGGAUAAGCAACAGCGCAAGAACUGUGCACUUCUUCGUGGUGAAGAGCAGGGCACACCGAAGAAAAUUAAACGCAAACAGCGAAAAUCGAAGCGAAGUGCGAAGCGAAAGAAGAGCGUCGAAGAGAGGUGCGCUGACUACUUUUCCAGUGUAGGCAACGUGUUCGAACAACCAACGCCACCGUCCCACCAGAAGCGUUCGUCGAAGCCGCUGUAUCCAUCGAGUAACUCGAGUUACAGUUCAACCGUUGAUGUUCAUCCGCCUAGCAACACUCCCGCACCGAUCUAUCCGGUUAACAGACCCAACUUGGCUGCCACUUUGCGUACAGAGUGGUGCCGAAAGAAGAUGCGAGAGCUGGAUCUAGAAGACAACGUGAACGUGAAGAAGGCGCCUCGCUUCCAAUGGGGUGUAAAACGAUCGCAAGCUUUCCAGAAUUUGAACAUGGAUCAAACACACCAAGAGGAAUUGAAUCUGCGUCUGGCGACGCGACGAGCGGAGCAAAAGCUGAGACAGGAGGAACACGCUAUUAACAUGGAACUGAUGAGACAGCGUGUGAAAGCAGCACCAUUGCUGCUGGAGGGCCCACCACAGUGGGGACCGCGGUUAGGCCAUGUUGCACACCGUUGCAUGGUGAGCGGAAAGGACUCGGAACCGCUGUUCCGCAAGAUAGCAAUGGAGAAAAACGUUGGAAAGGGCGCCAAAAAGGGUUUGAAGAAGCGCGAAUCUUCCAGCUGUGGAAGAGUAAGCAGCGGACACCAGCACAAUGACCAUAGUUAUCGUUUAAGUGAGAAGCAUCGCAGUUCCAGCGGGAGCAAGCUAAGCAACUAUUCGGUAGAUUCUUUUGGGAAAAUGAGUUCAAAAUUUUGCGAAAGUGAAGUGCUUGAAAGUAUCGGAGACGAUGUCUGAUAUAAGAAAGAGGUGAGACAAUUCGAGGAAGGUUAGAUGUCUUUUUCGGUGUAUGAACAAUCAGAUCUCUGUGUUGUUGGAUAAGUGUAGGCUAGUUUAAGGUUUUGCAUGAUACUCCUCAGAAAUUAUAGAACGCACUUCAAGAUAAUUGUAAAUGAAUG